ACCGCGGCCAACACUAGACGCGUCUCCUGCCCUGUCUGACGCUAUUCAGCAUCUUCUGGUUAAUGGAUUAUACAGUUUCCCUCCAAGUGCAACAUCAACUGGCCAUCUUCCCCACACACUACUAUCAGGGCUACAGCGUGGAGUUACAGAUGAAGUCAACAGAGGUGGACCAAGGGCUUUUCACAGACAGCUACUGCAAAGUGUGCAGCGCUCAGCUCAUCUCGGAGUCCCAGAGGGUCGCCCAUUAUGAGAGUCGGAAACACGCCAAUAAAGUGCGUCUGUAUUACAUGCUACAUCCUGUGGAUGGAGGCUGCCCUGCUAAGAAGCUCAGAACAGACAAUGGCAGUGACGAUGGUGACGUGGACAAGAAUAAAUGCUGCACACUCUGCAACAUGUCCUUCACCUCAGCAGUGGUGGCACAGUCACACUACCAGGGUAAAAUCCACGCUAAGAGGCUAAAACUGCUACUGGGGGAGCAGCCUGCCAUCACAACCAAAGAGGCAUCCCCCAGUCCUGUAAAGAGCUCUCCAGAAACGUCCCCCAUGACCUCCCCACGACAGCGCCGGGACUCGGACCGCUACUGCCAGCUAUGCAACGCCUGGUUCAACAACCCCGGCAUGGCCCAACAACAUUAUGAUGGCAAAAAGCACAAGAAGAAUGCCGCCAGAGCAGAUCUGCUGGAGCAGCUGGGAAAGACCCUGGACAUGGGGGAGAUGAAAGGCCUGAAGCGGAGCUACACCUGUGAAGUCUGCAGCGUCACACUGAACUCGGUGGCACAGUACCAUGCACAUUUGCAGGGCUCAAAGCACCAAAACAAUCUGAAGAAUCAGAUAUGUGUCCAGUGAGCGUGGGACGAGAAUAAAAACCAACUAUUGGAUUGAUGUCAGACAAGCUGUGGUCAGCUUGCCCUGCUUUUUCUGCCUCUGCCCUGCUUUCGCUCUCCUCCACAUCAUUUCUUAUUCUCUCUCUCUCUCUCUCUCUCUCUCUUUCUCUGUCUCUCUUUUGUUGUUCACUGUCUGUUGUGGCCGCCCUGACUCAAAGAGAAAAUAAGGAGUUUUAUAUAUAAAUAUAUAAAAUCCUCUCUCACUGCAUCAACUCUCACUUACAUUACAGUUUAGACAGGUUCUCUGCAUUGCUGGCCACUCCUAAAUCAUUUACCUCUGACAUUCCACAGCAGCUGUGUACUGUGUUUUUACCCACUGACAGUCUGAGAGCAUUAACCGUGGAUCUGAUACACGACAGCCUUUCUUAAAAUGCAUGGACUAAAUUAUUUCUUUACUUUC